AUGCGACCAGCUUUUCGGCAAGCCAGGACGCUGCUGAAUUACGACGCCCACGCCUCUAUUCCAGCUUUCCUCUGUCCAGUCCUUCUCAGGGCUCCAGUACCCACACCUCACCGCUCUACGAAACCGACUCAGGCUUCGCACAAGUUCUCGACAUCCGGACGAGCGCAACAUUCGGCCACUGCAACCCUCCAUUCCGCCGACGCUAUCGAGAGUCUGCCCCUCAAUGCACACUCGGCCAAUACGCCUCCCACCCGUAGAUCGUUACCCCGGGCCUGUCCAGGAUGUGGAGCACCAACCCAGAUUUACGACAAGAGGGAGGCCGGAUACUACAACAUAGAUAGGAAAGUGAUACGAGAGUACCUAGAGUGGGAUCCGAACACAGUACAAGCUGCGACGAAAGAAGAUGACAUCUACUCGAAAGCACUACAACAGGCAAGCCCCGAGCUGCUCAAAGAGCUGAGAAUCGAAGAGCAUGCUGCCGAAGUGCCUGAUGAGGACCAGUCUCCUCAAACUCCAGUGUGCGACCGCUGCCACAAGCUGGUACACCACCACGUGGGCACGCCCAUCCACCACCCCACUGUCGAGUCGAUCCAGCAGACCAUCGCCGAGUCACCUCACAGGCGCAACCACAUCUACCAUGUCGUAGACGCCGCCGACUUCCCCCUCUCAAUCAUCCCGAAUCUGCAGUCCUCCUUGCGUAUACCAAAGCUACGGACGCAGAACAGACGAGCAAAGCACAAGGGAUGGGUAGCGAACGACCGCAUCGCCGAAGUCAGCUUCAUCAUAACAAGAGCGGAUCUCCUGGCGCCAAAGAAAGAGCAGGUUGAUGUCCUGAUGCCAUACUUCACCGAAGUGCUUCGCGAUGCACUAGGAAGGACAAAUAAUAAAGCACGACUAGGCAACGUACGACUUGUCAGCGCAAAGCGAGGAUGGUGGACCAAGCAAGUCAAAGAAGAUAUCUGGGACCGCGGAGGUGCUGGCUGGAUGGUGGGCAAAGUAAACGUCGGAAAGUCGAACCUCUUCGAAGCUGUCUUUCCCAAGGGUCGAGGGGCAGAUUACCAGGAUGUGCGCAGGAUUCGCAGCACAACGGAAAGGGAAGCGAUGCUCACUAACGCAAAGUCGCUAGACGAGCUCACGCAGGUGCAGCAACAACUCGCUGAGGAGGAUGCAGAGACAGAGCGUUUGAAGAACAAACCGCAACAGCAUCUCCACCAGCCUCCAAAGGAACUCAAGGAAGAGGAGUUGGACGAGGAAGACUUCGAAGACCCUGACGCGCUCCUCCCACCACCACAACCAUACACACCUUACCCCGUCCUGCCCAUCGCCUCGUCACUCCCUGGAACAACUGCAUCCCCAAUUCGCAUCCCCUUUGGCCGCAACAGAGGCGAAUUGGUCGACCUGCCUGGACUCGCGCGUACAAACCCUGGGCUAGAAACCUUUGUCCAGCCCGACGAGCACGACGACCUCGUCAUGAAGAACCGCAUCAACUCGGAACGAUACACGCUCAAGCCUGGUCAGUCGCUAAUCCUCGGCGGCGGACUAAUACGAAUCACGCCCAAAACUGAGGAUCUAGUAUUUCUCGUGCACCCCUUCGUACCGAUCCACCCACACGUAACCCGCACUGAGAAAGCCAUCGACUACCAGAACCAGACCUCAGAAAGGCAGCUCCAACAUCCCUCCAUUCUCGCACCCAAUGUCGGCGACAAGAUGAACUCUGCCGGCAAAUUCCAGCUAAAAUGGGACGUGACGAAGAAACUCGCCGGGCCCAUGACCAGCGCUGUAGCAGGCAAAAUGAAACCCGAGAAUCUCCCCUUCCGCAUUUGGAGCACAGACAUCCUCAUCGAGGGCGUGGGCUGGGUCGAAAUCUCAGCUCAAACCCGCCGCCCCCAAGGCUGGAAACCAGUGGGCAUGAGCAAGAAAGAUCCCAAUCACGCACAGCAUGAGCGCCGCGCCUCACUGCGCCAACUCGACGAGUACAAAGAUCGCAAGUUUGCCACUAUCGCCAGAGCAGAGAGCGCUGGGGAAGACCCACAGGAUGCGCUUAGUGCAGAAUUUUACAAAGAGGACAUGGGCGAUCGCAUGGCGUCGUGGGAGGACGAUUAUCCCGAAGUCGAGGUUUUCUCGCCGCUGGGCAAGUUUGUUGGGCAGCGUAGGCCCAUGUGUGCUAGUACGGUUAGUGGUCCAAAGCAAAUUGCCAGUCGGGACCGCAAGGCCAGGCCGAGGAGGAGUAUGGUUAGUGUGAAGAGGCAGCGGAAACCGGGUGGUGGUGGGGAGUAA